AUGGCAGCUGCGAAAGCAUCGACUUUCUCUCUGACCAAGACCUGGCAUAAGGAUACGUAUGCGGCUAUUGAUCCUCGUGUCCGUCCCGAGUUGAAGCUUUCUGGAAAGACGGUGGUCAUCUCAGGUGGUGGCUCAGGCAUCGGCAAAGGCAUGACACGAGCCUUCGCCGAAGCUGGAGCGUCCAAAAUUGCAAUUCUGGGUCGGCGAGAUGCUGUGCUACAGCAGACGAAAUCAGAGAUUGAAGACGCAGUGCGAGGAGCAACGACCAUCCAGACGAACGCCGUCGACAUCCAAGAUCUACCCGCCGUCAAGCGAGUCGCUGAUGGAAUCGGUCCCUGGGACGUCCUGCUAGCAAAUGCGGGCUACCUCUCCGAACCAAUGCCUCUCGUCGACGCAGAUCCGGAGGAGUGGUGGAAGUCCUUCGAAGUCAACGUCAAAGGCGUGUUCAACCUCGCGCACUCCUUUCUCCCCAGCCGUCGGGAAGGCUCAACUCUCAUCGUUGUGAGUGCGGGAUCCAUCCAAAUCGACGCCAUGGCGAAGAACUACUCGGUGUAUAAUUCUAGCAAGUUUGCGGAAGUCAAGUUAUUGGAGAUUUUGGGGAAGGAAGAGGAGGAUUUGCAUGUUGUGACGAUGCAUCCUGGUGUUGGUAACACCGAAAUGGCCACAAAAUCUAGCCGUGGCAAAACCGGCGGUCCCCCCAUAUCUUUCGGCACCGUCGACCUCCCUUCGCAUUUCGCCGUCUGGCUCUGUAGUCCCGAAGCCAGGUUCCUCAGGGGGAGAUUCGUCUGGUGCAAUUGGGAUGUGGAGGAGUUGCUUGCGAAGAAGACGCAGAUUGAGGGUUCGUUGUUGUUGACGGCGAAUUGUAUUGGGUGGCCUUAUUCUGCUUGA